AUGUCUACCAACAUCACCUUUCACGCCAGCGGCCUCACCCGUGCCGAGCGCACCGAGUUGCGCAAGCAGCAAGGUCUCACCAUCUGGUUGACCGGCCUCUCCGCCUCUGGCAAGUCGACCAUCGCUGUGGAACUGGAGCACCAGCUGGUCCGUGACCGUGGUGUCCACGCCUACCGCCUGGACGGUGACAACAUCCGCUUCGGCUUGAACAAGAACCUGGGCUUCAGCGAGGCUGAUCGCAACGAGAACAUUCGCCGUAUUGGCGAGGUCUCCAAGUUGUUCGCCGACUCCAACUCCAUCGCCAUCACCUCUUUCAUCUCUCCCUACCAGAAGGACCGUGACAGUGCCCGUCAAUUGCACGAGGUCCCCACCCCCGGCGAGGAGACCGGUUUGCCUUUCGUUGAGGUCUACAUUGACGUCCCCGUUGAGGUCGCGGAGCAGCGCGACCCUAAGGGUCUUUACAAGAAGGCCCGUGAGGGUGUGAUCAAGGAGUUCACUGGUAUCUCCGCCCCCUACGAGGCUCCUGCGAACCCCGAGGUGCACAUUAAGAAUGUUGACCUCCCCGUCACCGAGGCCGUGAAGCAGAUCAUCGAGUACCUUGACUCCAAGGGCUACCUCCCCGCUAAGCAAUAUUCCACCGACUCGCAAUGGAAAAUAAAGAGUGCAAUAGUCUCAGUCGACUUUCCAAUCCCUUGGCCUGCAAAGCGACAUUCCGAACUCGAGGCACAUACCAGGCAGGCACGCUGUAGGGGUAGAGCGCCCUCUCCGUUCUCUCCUCUCUCUUUCAUCUUCCACACAUCGACAAUGCAAUCGCUAAUCUUUCUCAUCAGCGUACUGGGCCAUAUAGCUCACGCUUACGAGGUGCUCCAAUAUGUCAAUCCCUUGAUCGGGAGCGCUAAUGGAGGAAAUGUUUUCCCUGGUGCCUCACUACCCUACGGCAUGGCCAAGGCCGUGGCCGACACGGACUCUGGGAGCAACCAGGGAGGGUUCGCCUACGAAGGUGGGAAUAUCACUGGGUUCUCUAGCAUGCAUGACUCCGGUACUGGAGGAAGUCCCUCAUUGGGGAACUUUCCGUUCUUCCCGUAUGCAAAAUGCGUUGGUGAUGAUGUGAAUGGCUGUCACUAUCCGAAGAACCAGCGAAAGAUCCAGUACAAGCCUGACUCGGUGCAGGCGCACCCAGGAUACUUCAGUAUUGAGCUGGCGUCUGGCGUGCGGGUUGAUAUGACUACUGCGCACCACGCAUCUCUAUUCCGCUUCCAGUUCCCAAAGGACAGUAGCCCAUUGGUCCUGUUGGAUCUCACUGAUUUGUCCAAUUCCCGACAGGACAAUGCGACGAUCUCCGUGGACGAGGAGACGGGUCGUAUGUCGGGCAAUGCGCGAUUCUCUCCUAGCUUUGGAUCUGGGACGUACACCUUGCACUUCUGUGCAGAUUUCAAGAGUGCCGCGCCUCGGCGGGACAGCGGCAUCUUUGUCAACUCACGAGCCAGUACUGAUGUCCACGAUCUGAAAGUCUCGCGAAGUAUCAAUGGAUACCCGCUUCCAGGCGGUGGGUUCAUUCGGUUCGAGCAUGCAACUGAUACGGUCCUGGCUCGGAUGGGUGUGAGCUUCAUGGGAACUGAGCAAGCCUGUGCACAUGCCGAGGCCGAAAUCCCCGACUUCGAUUUCAAUUCCACCCACCAAACUGCGGUCGAUCAAUGGACCAAGAAGAUGGAGCCAAUCCGAGUCUCACGGGCAAACAUCAGUGACUCUGUUCUCACUAACUUCUACAGUGGGAUAUACCGAACGAUGAUCAAUCCCCAGAACUACACUGGGGAGAAUCCGCUCUGGUCAAGCAGUGAGCCGUAUUUUGACUCUUUCUAUUGUCUGUGGGAUUCUUUCCGUUCUCAGAUUCCGUUCCUUACGAUCUUCGACCCGAGCUCAGUGAUUGAGAUGGUCCGCUCGCUCAUCGAUACUCAGCGUCAUCUAGGCUGGCUUCCAGACUGUCGCAUGUCUCUCUGUAAAGGUUUCACACAGGGCGGCUCCAACGCUGACAAUGUUUUGGCCGAUGUUUAUCUCAAAGGUCUUCGAGGUGACAUUGAUUGGGAUGCAGGAUAUGCUGCCGUUCAGAAGGACGCCGAGGAAGAGCCAUACGACUGGUCUAGCGAGGGUCGUGGGGGUCUGCGGAGCUGGAAAGAUUUACACUACAUCCCUGUUGAAGAUUUCGACUAUGAAGGGUUUGGCACGAUGACUCGAAGUAUCUCGCGCACUCUGGAAUACUCAUACAACGAUUUUGCCAUUUCCCAAAUGGCCAGGGCCCUUAAUAAGACAGACGACGCACAUCGGUACGAGACACGAUCUCGGAACUGGCAGAAUCUGUUCAAGAAAAACCAAACCUCGUCUUGGAAAGGGAAGGACACCGAAUUCACCGGAUUCUUUCAGCCAAAGUACCAGAACGAGACAUGGGGUUUCCAGGAUCCUCUCGCCUGUUCCAACAUUGACAACAGCGGUGGCUCGUGUUCCCUACAGAACAAUGCUGGGGAAACAUUUGAGUCUAGCAUCUGGGAGUAUCAAUUCUUCGUUCCCCACGACAUGUCAACAUUGAUCAACCUCCUUGGUGGUCCAGAUGACUUUGUUCGCCGUCUUGAUUAUCUCCAUGACAAAAACAUUACGUACAUUGGCAACGAGCCUGCCUUCCUGACGGUCUUCCAGUAUCAUUAUGCCGGCCGACCCGGGAAAUCCACGUCUCGAGUCCGUACUUACAUCCCAGACUACUUCUCGCCGACCCCAGCCGGGCUUCCCGGGAAUGACGACAGCGGUGCUAUGGGAUCAUUUGUCGCCAUGGCCAUGAUGGGUUUGUUCCCGAACCCUGGACAAGACGUCUACCUUCUCACCGUGCCGUUCUUUGACUCCGUGAGCAUCGUCUCCCCGAUCACGGGAAAGACCGCUACUCUGAGCGUUUCAAAUUGGGCAGAAUAUAACACUGCCAAUGUCAGUGGUGCUGCAGCUGGUGGGAAUGGGUUCAUCCAAUCUGCCACUCUUGACGGAAAGCCAUACUCUAAGAGUUGGGUGGGCCAUGAUUUCUUCACGGAGGGACGCGAUUUAGUCCUUGUUCUUGGGAAGGAGGAAGGUGAAUGGGGCACCAAACCCGAGGACUUACCACCCUCUCUUCCUCAGGAACAGAGUAAGAGGGUUCUGUCGAAGCGUGCCCAGUCUGAUGGUCAUGUUCCUCAGGCUCAUUCGGGUCGCUAG